ACGUCCAUAGCUCUUAGAUACACAACGCCGUUUCGAUCGCCGAUUUUUGAUUUCUUUGGACCUACAUCAUCCUCUUGUCUUGCUCUUCGGACCACCACGCCCUAUCCGCAAUCACCAUGGCGGCAAGACCGGGCAACAGGCCAGCUCAGGCCCCUCAGCCCUCGACUGCGCGCCAGAACGAAUACUUCGUGCCCCGCGACGGUAUCGAUCGCGAAGUCAUCACGUCCGACAUUUGCAGGUACCUCGGAAACGAUGCACUUGUACGCCCUGGAACUUACGAGUCACCAGACGGCCGUGUGACCCAAGGCUACUUCAUCACCGCCUAUCGCAAUCUGACAUCGGCGAUGAUUCAAGACCUAAAGGCCGACUCCGCUCGAUGGGAGCAAGAGAGACGUGCUGCGUCCAGGUCAGGUGGUGGCACUGGAGGUACAAUACACUCUAGCCAGCACAAUGGCUCAACGUUUGUGAGAAGCUCUAACUCGCCCACAGGCCAGCGCGAGCAGAACCGUGGGUCCUCUGAUUACAGCACAUGGAAAAACCGCCAACGGGAACAGGAACACUACGAUGCCUACGCCAGGGACAAUGCCAUGGAUGUUGACUAUCCCCCACAGCCUAGCGCCCCCAAGAACCCGGUUUAUCCUCCGCCGAAUGCGUACCCAGGGCCGCCACAGCCAGGUCCUCCUACUUAUCCGCCCGUUUCGUAUACUCCCCAGGCUGCUGGCAUUCCAGCACAGUAUCCUCCCCAGGCGUACCCUCCUUACCCGACCAAUCCUCCCGCUCCGCAGUACUCGCCCGGACCUCCCAAUACCGGAGAUAGAUACCCUGGCAUGGCGGCCCCUCCUCCUAUGCCGGCUGGCGGCUAUGGACAAGUUGGACAGGAAGCUUCCUACGUGAUGGGCUCAGAUUAUCGGACACAGCCGAAUUACGUGACGUCGGAGCCUCCAAGGAUGCCGCCUCACCCUGCGAUCUCUUCUGCUGCCCCUGUCAGGCCAAUGUAUGCUCCCACCAAUGGCGCCCCUGGUUAUCCACCAGCCCCGGAUCAGUACUAUGGUGCGCCGAUUCCUGGAAGUUCGGCCACUCAGGCUUACUCAGCCGAUCCUCUGUAUGGCCGUGGUGGUGCGUAUAAUGUGGCAACAACGAACCCAGCACAGGCUUCAUCUGAUAAUCUAGGCUCCCCCGCAGGUCCAACGCCAACACGGCAAGGGUACGGUCACAUUCCAGAGCCCCCGUUUGAUAACCAUCAGCCUCCUGUGCUCUCACAGGUCCCCACGUCAAACAGUAGUACACCGGCCCAAAUGACAAGCAGCGGGCCGUCACCUGCCCCACGCCGGAGUCCCGGUCGCGACUCGGAGCCCAGGGAACGAGAACGGGAACAACACCGCAAUCGCCGCCCGGAGCAGGAACGUGACGACAGAGAUCGUGCCAGGCACCGGCAAAUCCGCUAAUUGCUAGCGACACGCAGGUCUUUUUGACUUUGACGGCCCUAGACCUGCCCGUCGCAAGACGUUGGAG